AUGGAAGAUCUCCUAAGUCCUGAACUUGAAUUUUCCCACAGGGUGAAGAAGGCAAUGUUAUGUGUUGAGAAAUGCACAGACAAAGUUCAAAGGUUUGCUGAUGAUGAUGAUGAGGAACAGAGUUUAAGUUGUAUUGUAGGGGUGCGGCUGGUCUGGGCUGUCCUCUCAGGGCUGGCAGAAAGCUCUGGGUCCUUCUGUUCAGGCUCAGACAGUGCAAUUGUGGACAAGUAUAGACUGCAUAGAGAGUGCCUUUCCAUUCACAUUGGUCAAGCUGGUGUCCAGAUUGGGGAUGCUUGUUGGGAACUCUAUUGCUUGGAGCAUGGAAUCCAGCCAGAUGGCUUUGUUGACAGUAAGCAGGAUUCCUUGGAAAAUGCUCACAUGGACCUUGGGAAUUCUUCUUCUGAUAGCUUCUUUCAUGAGACAAGCACUGGCAAGCAUAUGCCCAGAGCACUCUUCGUGGACUUAGAACCAACUGUUAUAGAUGGGAUCCGAGUGGGAAAGUACCGUUCACUCUUCCACCCAGAACAGCUGGUUAACGGAAAGGAGGAUGCUGCAAACAACUACGCACGAGGUCACUACUCUGUGGGCUCAGAGGUCAUCAAUCUUGUGCUAGAGAGGAUCCGAAAGCUGGCAGAACAGUGCAGCGGACUUCAGGGAUUUUUGAUUUUCCGGAGCUUUGGAGGUGGCACCGGGUCAGGAUUUACACCUCUCUUAAUGGAGCAGCUUUCAGUAGAGUACAGCAGGAAAACCAAGGGAGUUCUCUUGGAGUUCUCUGUCUAUCCUUCCCCUAGAAUAUCCACUGCUGUGGUAGAGCCUUACAACUCCAUCCUCACCACCCAUUCCACCCUAGAGCACUCAGACUGUACCUUCAUGGUGGACAACGAAGCCAUCUAUGACAUCUGCCAUCAUAAACUCGGUAUUGAACGCCCCUCCUAUACCAGCAUCAAUAGUUUGGUAGGUCAGGUGGUGUCUUCCAUUACUGCUUCUCUCCGAUUUGAAGGACCUUUGAAUGUGGACCUAAUUGAAUUCCAGACCAACCUAGUCCCUUAUCCAAGGAUACAUUUCCCCAUCACAACCUUUGCCCCCAUCAUCUCUGCUGACAAAGCCUACCAUGAGCAUCUCUCCAUACUGGACAUCACGGCUGCUUGCUUUGAGUCCUCCAACCAGCUGGUGAAAUGUCAUCCUCAGUUUGGGAAGUACAUGGCCUGCUGCCUGCUCUACAGGGGAGAUGUGGUACCCAAGGAUGUGAAUGCUGCAAUUGCAUCCUUGAAGUCAAGGGCCUGUGUUCAAUUUGUGGAUUGGUGCCCCACUGGUUUCAAGGUGGGCAUCAAUCAGCAGCCACCUUCAGUGAUGCCAGGAGGCGAUCUGGCCCGGAUCCAGAGGGCAGUCUGCAUGCUGAGUAACACUACGGGCAUUGUGGAGGCCUGGGCCCGGCUGGACCACAAGUUUGACCUUAUGUAUGCCAAGAAGGCGUUUCUGCAUUGGUACAUCACAGAAGGCAUGGAGCAAGGGGAGUUCUCAGAGGCCAGGGAAGAUUUGGCAGUUCUGGAGAGGGAUUAUGAAGAAGUGGGAUUGAGUUUCUGA